AGAUCGUGACUCAAGUGUUCCACAUUGUUCAGUGUCCAGUGUCCAGUGGCACUUUCGUUUUUCCAAUCAAAGAAAGUAAGAAGCUCGAUUCGUUCGUUUGGUUAUUAAAGUGAAAAAGAUUCGCCAGUCCCGCGUCUAGUCACAGUUUGCCUUUGCUGCUGUGAGGUCUACGCUCGGCUGCCAAGGAUCCCAGAAUGUACACCAUCUGUUCGGUAUUUCUAGUGGUUGUGGGUGUCCUGUAUGUGUGCGGCAAUGGUGGCACCCACAGCCAGCACACAGAGAGCGAGCUCCUGGUGCGCAAGGCCCGUUGGCUGCCGCUGAUCUUUCCGCGAGCCAACCCCACAAGAAUGCAAAUGAUCGUUGGCUUUGGCAUACCCGUGGAGGACCUCGUGAUAGAAUCUGUGCUCACGGGCUAUGUGUUCAAGGCGCAGUACUAUUUGCCCUAUUCGGCCAAACAGUUGAGGAUCAAGGAGGUCCAUGACAUCACUGCCCGCAGACUGCCGGCGAACGCCACCAUCUUUCAGAAGAUCAUGCAGAAAACGGACGAAGAGCUGGGCGUGUCCUCGUGGUAUAUGGAGGAGAAUGUCCAGGCCCUGGCCACCUAUCGCUGGUCGGUAUACGAGGCCUUCCAGGCCCUGGCCAUUCGAAUGAACCUCACUGGCCGCGAGUGCGUACUGAAGAGCAUCUGCGAGAGUGCGGCGGCUCCGUUCGAUGAAAGGAAUGGCCUGCUGGGCGAGCUGCUCCACAUUCUGCUCACACCCUCCAGCUCUGUGGAUCCCCUGUCGGAGCAUUCGGACAAUGAUUAUCUGCAGGCGGAGCGCCUCGGCGAAGCCGGCACUGAUUGUGAUCAGGUAUUCCAGAGGUGCCCCAAAUCAUUGCUGCAGCACUUUAGCGAUGUCCAUCAUUUGGGCAGCGAGUUCCUGAAAAUGCUGCGCUGAUUCCAAGUCCAACUCAAGUAUAGGUCCUAGGUAUAGCUCUAAAGAUUACAUUAAGAUUCUCUCAGCUUCCCCAAACAAUCUGAGAACUUGCUGACUUCCUCUCGGGUUCAAUUCAUUUGU